UGGACCUCAUACUUGGAAAACCUUUUAUCCAGAGAGUACCGGUUACAAUCAAUCGCCGAUCAAUAUCACCACGACCAUUGCGAUCGGAGAGUACGAUAAUAUCGAAUGGAUCGGUCAUAAUACAGUACCCUGUUCUAUGAUCAUGGCAAACGAUGGAAAUUCUGGUACAACUUCAGAGAUGCCCGAUUCUAUUUCCUAAUGAAUCGCGAAACGAGCUGUAAAUUUCAACGCGCGUUUAUAAUAGUUAUAGUAUGUGGUACUUGGUGUGGCCGUGCACAUCCCUUCAUCAAAGGAGGCCCUUUGACCGAUAUAUACAAUUUUCAUUCGAUGAUGUUCCAUUGGGGCCCAUCGGACAACGAAGGAAGCGAGCAUACAAUCAACCACGUCCGUUAUGCGAUGGAAUUGCAAUUCAUACACGUCAAACGUGGCUUCUUUUCACCUCUCCAGGCAGUUUUACUAGGUGCAAAGGACGGAGUGGUGAUCGUGUCCUCAUUCUUUAACAUAAUGCCUGUUGACAAUCCUUACUUGGAUUGCAUAGUAACAAAUUUGAGAUACAUUACGCAACCCGGUAGCAAAGUGUAUAUACCACCUUUUCCUCUCUCAUGGCUACAUUAUACCGAAGGAAGGAAUUACUACGCCUAUCACGGUUCCCUGACUCAGCCACCCUGCAGCGAAAUUGUCACUUGGCUUAUCGAUCCUCUUCCAGUAGCAAUUUCCUCGAAUCAGACUGUCUUCCUCGAUUAA